AUGGAUCCUCCAGAUAAUGCUCUCAUUGUAGCACCUGGAUAUGGCCACUAUAUGACUAUACAAGAAGCUAUCAACGCUGCUUCAAAUGGUUCUAAAAUUAUUGUAUCCCCAGGUCUCUAUUCAAAACCAAUAAAAAUCACAAAACCAGGUUUAAUCAUAGAAGCUAAGGAAACUAUCCUCAAUUAGCUUGACCUAGUAAUUUUUUUUACUCCCCUCUUUUUAAAUUGGAAAAAAAAAAUUCUGUUCCAGUUUAAAGGAGGUUAAAUUUAUUUCGAUAAAUUAAUUCUUUAAAAAAUUUUUAAAAUCUUAAACAUUGAAUUUAAUUUAUUUUUUAUGAAGAAUUAAAUAAAAAUAUUAAUCGAUUCAGUGCGAAAACUAUUUAUAUAACAUUCUACUUACUUUUUGUAUAUUAAUUAAGCCAAACUAAUUUUAUAAACAUUAUGAUUUUCAUGGGGGUUAAAGUACAAAAAAAAAUGCAGAAAUUUACCAAUGUUUUGUUUUAAUUUAAAAGGCGAAGCUAUAUAAAUUUAUUAUUAAAUAAUCAAUAUAAGCCAGGAUAAUGGAGAAGUUCAAAUUUCUGUAAGCAGAGGCCCACUUAUCUCAAUUAGGUUGAAUGAAGGUGAAACCUGUACGAUAAAAGGCUUUAAAUUAAUUCACAGCGGCGAAAAAGACGAAAACGAAGAAUUUGACUGGCUGGCCAAAUUGAAAUCUAAAACGGACGCAAACUGUGGAGUCCAGAUUUUUGGCGGAAACGUCAUUAUUGAAGAUUGCCAAGUCACUUUAAGCUCAAUAUUUACAUUGAAAUGGUGACACGUGUCAACCUGUCCUCUUGGCGCAGCAGUCCGGACCUCUAGGCUACGGCGAAUUGUGACGGACUCCGAGCCGAGAGAAUCAAGUGCAGGCUCAAGAGAUGUAUAUCCGGGUAGGCUUUGGCUACUUUCCUGUGUUUGGAAAUGGAGGUGCUCAACAAGGUCAUCUGGAUCAGGGCAUUCCUCUAUCGAGAAACUGGGAGUUUCGGUCCAGGCCACAGGGAAACAGUCUUUUUCUGUAGCUGUCGAAGAAAGGCACUUCGACACCUGAUAGAGUCCAAGGAGUUGAUCCUUGGAAUCAAGCUACUCCAAUCGCCCCUAGCAGAGCUGCAAAAUCCAUAAGCACUCAAGACUGAAGCCGCAAGGAGGAGACAGAAGGUACCGGAAGGGCACUCGCAAGAGGGAUAGACCCUCUGGGUGGAGUGACAAGCGGUAGAACCUCCCGUACGGAAGGUCUUUGGUAAUUGCGUCACCAUAUGGCUAGCUCCUGACUUUAAUAAUCCUAAUCUUAAUCCACUUUAAGCUCAAUAAAAGCCCCAAUGCCUGCAUUUUUCCUUAAUGAGUGCCAAGUCCACAUGAGUAACUGUGAUGUCAAAGGAAGUUUAGAUAUAAGUUCUACCGGGAUCUACGCUAAAGACUCAAAUUUAGCUAUGCAAGCUUGUAAAAUAUACAAACACAAAAACAGCGCUGUAUUGCUAGAUUGCACGCCCAAUAAUGUCGUCACUAUCUCAGAGUGCGCAAUUGUAAACAACUCACGAUGCGGGAUUUUAUGCCAAAACGUUGAGUUUGCACCUACUGUACAGCAUAAUAAAAUUAUGCAAAAUGAAGGAGCUGGAGUGCUAAUUAUGAAUGGAAAUAUAGCGAAAAUCAAAGAAAAUGAUAUAAAAUUCAAUGAAGUCGGCAUUGAAAUUAUGGAUUCAAAUCCAGUUAUCACAAAAAAUAAAAUCAGAUGCAACUUUGGCAGUGGGAUUGCAAUAAGAAGUUAUAUGACAGGAAGCAGCGUAAAGAUCUUUGGAAAUCAGCUGUAUGAAAAUGAAAAUUCUAUAUGGAUACAAGGGGAAAGCUGCAGGUCUUUAAUAGAAGACAAUCCUAUUAUCUGUAAUAAUCGAAAAGCUGGGAUUAGAAUUGAAGACUCCGCGAAUGCCGAAAUUAGAGGAAAUGAUAUAUAUGAAAACAUUUGUCAAGGAAUUUUAAUGACCACAGGGACUUCAGCCAUUAUUGAUAAAAAUUGUGUAUACGGCAACCUCAGAGCUAAUAUUGCCUGUGGGUCAGGAAAAAUAAUUAUAAGCGAAAACAGGAUUUAUAGGGGAAGAUGUGAAGGAAUUUUUGUAUUUGAAGGAAAUGGCUGCGAAAUAAACUCAAAUGAGAUUUAUGAGAAUAAUGAUGGAAUUUUAGUGAUAGAAAGCAAUUUAGAUAUUGUGAAAAAUCUAGUGCAUGAUAAUAAGAGAACGGGGAUCACUAUUGCAGGAAAUGGGAUGUGCAAAGUUUCUGAAAAUAAAGCUUAUAGGAACACAGCUGUAGGGUUUAAUAUAAGAGAUAAUGUAGAAGGAGAAAUUUUGAGGAAUAAAGCUUUUGAAAACCAAAUUCAAAUAUGCUUAAUUACGAGGAAAAAAUGGGAUAUCAAGAUAUUGAGAAAUGAGAAUGAGUGGGUAGGGGAAGAUGCACUUACUUAAUUAGUGUUUAAUAUGUCCUCUGGCUCUGCAGAACAGAAAUUCAUGUGUUAUUUUAACUCUAAACUAGUCAGGUUACAAGCAUUCUUCUGCGUCAGAGCACGAAGUAUUCCUAAAAGCACAUCCCUUACCUGCCACCGAAUCUUAUCGGCUACGUUCCCUCACUUUUGCUUGUCUCCUGAGCGUAUUCCGCCUAAAAAUUUCCUUCCACGGAGUUAAAAGCAGUUAAAAACCCUAUUCGUCUUAUAAUGAAAGGACCAGCAGCUUUAGCCUAUGCACUAGUGUUUCUGACAUAGCUGGAUCAGUCACUGAAAAAACUAAACCUACAAAUUUUCAAAAGAGGAAAAGUCCUCAAAGAACUAUUUCCGACUACGCCAUUUUUGGUAGGGGAAGUACAGCUGCCGUUGCAAUAUUCGUGUCAAAUAUUUUAA